UGCAUCAGACCAGCAUGAUUAUCAAGAUGGAAUCACAGUCUCAGGUCUUCCUAUUUGUACUGCUCUGGUUGUCUGGUGUUGAUGGAGACAUUGUGAUGACCCAAUCUCACAAAUCCAUGUCAGUAUCAGUAGGAGAGAGAGUCACCAUGAGCUGCAAGGCCAGUCAGAAUGUGGGUACUGCUGUAGCCUGGUACCAGCAGAAACCAGGGCAGACUCCUAAACUGCUUAUCUACAGGGCAUCCAACCGGUACACUGGAGUCACAGAUCGCUUCACAGGCAGUGGAUCUGGGACAGAUUUCACUCUCACCUCCAUCAGCAGUGUGCAAGCUGAAGACCUGGCAGAUUAUUACUGUCAGCAGUAUAACAAUCUUCCCACAGUGCUUCAGCUUCCUACAUAAACCUCCUCUGAGAUUCUAACCAGCCACCUGCAUCACA